GCCGCGAAAGGGAGGCGCUCGCUGGUACUUCCGGUCUCGUGAGGCUUCGUCGCGCGCGGAGCACUCUGGGACUUUUAUUUCUCGAGAUGGAGCGAGCCAUGCCGCAAGCGGUGCCUCUCGGUCAGAUGGAAGUAUUUCAGGCCCUGCAGCGGCUGCACAUGAUCAUUUUUUCCCAGAAUGUCUCACCCUGUGGGAAGUUCCUGGCAGCUGGCAACAAUUACGGGCAGAUAGCCAUCUUUAGCUUGUCUGCUGCUUUGAGCUCUGAGGCCAAAGAGGAAAGUAAGAAGCCCAUGGUGACCUUCCAAGCCCACGAUGGACCCGUCUACAGCAUGGUCUCCACUGAUCGACAUCUCCUCAGUGCUGGGGAUGGGGAGGUGAAGGCCUGGCUUUGGGCAGAGAUCCUUAAGAAGGGCUGUAAGGAGCUGUGGCGUCGUCAGCCCCCAUACAGGACCAGUCUGGAAGUACCUGAGAUCAAUGCUUUGCUUCUCGUCCCCAAGGAGAAUUCCCUCAUCCUGGCGGGGGGAGACUGUCAGCUGCAUACGAUGGACCUUGAGACGGGGACCUUCACGCGGGCACUCUGGGGCCACACGGACUACAUCCACUGCCUUGCACUGCGGGAGCGGAGCCCCGAGGUGCUGUCAGGUGGCGAGGAUGGGGCCGUGCGGCUUUGGGACCUCCGCACGGCCAAGGAGGUCCAGACGAUUGAAGUCUACAAGCACGAGGAGUGCUCGAGGCCCCACAAUGGGCGCUGGAUUGGAUGUUUGGCAACUGACUCCGACUGGAUGGUCUGUGGAGGUGGCCCAGCACUAACCCUCUGGCACCUUCGAUCCUCCACACCCACCACCGUCUUCCCCAUGCGGGCACCACAGAAACAUGUUACCUUCUACCAGGACCUGAUUCUAUCAGCUGGACAGGGUCGCUGUGUCAAUCAGUGGCAGCUGAGCGGGGAGCUCAAGGCCCAGGUGCCUGGCUCCUCCCCAGGGCUGCUAAGCCUCAGCCUCAACCAGCAACCAGCAGCCCCUGAGUGCAAGGUCCUGACGGCCGCAGGCAACAGCUGCAGGGUGGAUGUCUUCACCAAUCUGGGCUACCGAGCUUUCUCCCUGUCCUUCUGAUCUCCAGCAACACCCCCACCUCCAUCUCAGGGGUUUGGAGUGGUUUGUUUUUUUCUUUUUUUUAUACUAAUAAAGUUUUGGGCUUUUUUUUUCAUG